AUGGCUCUGUGCUGCUUCUUGGUCUUGCAACGGAUGUAUCAUGAACCUCUACUUACGAGUUUUGUUGCCAUACAAGACACACUGAGAACACCAAACGAUGUCUCAGUAACUGCCUCUGUCCUUUCAUCUCAGAUAUUGACAAUCUCACACUCUUCCACAUCUCCGCAACCUAACCAUCCAGAUGGCCGAGAUGUCCUCUCUAUACCCACAGAAUCCCGACAAUCAAGACAACCAGCAACAGGUCUUGAGAGUCAAAUAUACCUGUCGUACCACGACUGCAGCACGAAGCCGUGGAAUGACGACUUGAUUGAGGGUGGAACCACUCUCGUGCACCAUGUCAUGAAUCCUUCCAACGACUCGUCUCGAUUGAAUUGCCCCGCAAUAAAGUUGGACAGAUAUGCACUUCUUACACGGUCCAAACCAGCCAACUUCAAAAUCACAUAUUUCUUUGCACUAGACCUCUUCCAGUCCAUUCAAAUCCUAGAGCAGCUGCUCAGUUCCAUCGUUGAAGCCAUACUGUUUCUUGGGCGGGAGAUCUGUGUCCUGUCAAUUGUCGAGGGGAGGUCAACUGACGGGACUUAUGAAGCUCUCAAGAUCCUGCAAACAGAGAUGCGAAAACACAGGAUCCAAUACCAUUUACAGUGUGUCGAUAUCGACCCAACAAGCCCGGGUGGGGAUCGAAUUCUAUCCUUGGCUCUGCUUCGAAAUUAUGCAUUGCAACCCUUGGUUGCGAACCCGAAAGAUUAUGAUCCUGAAACAAGAAUCAUUUUCAUAAAUGAUGUGGCUUUGUGCGCAGAAGAUAUCUUGGAACUGCUAUACCAGGGCAUGGCACUCGAUGCAGAUAUGACUUGUGCCAUGGAUUGGAUCGGAGAUGCAUUCUAUGAUGUUUGGAUUGGCCGGACAAUGGUAGGAGAUCUGUUCUUCGAAAUUCCACAAAGUCAAUCUUGGGAUUUUGCUCAAAACCUAUUUUGGAACCAUGAACCAUCCCGGACAAGGUAUUUGGCAGGCCACCCAUUUCAAGUAUUCUCCUGUUGGAAUGGUGCUGUAAGUAUGGUUGGGAAGCCGUUCCUCGAGGGCAAAGUCAAUUUCAGGUCAAGCCUAGAAGGGGAAUGCCGUCUCGGAGAACCGGUACACCUUUCCAAAGAUCUCUGGCACCUCGGAUUUGGAAGAAUAGCUGUUGUGCCUAGUGUCAAUGUCGCAUAUGAUCUGGAUAGUACUGCUCGGGUAAAAGAGCAGCACGGAACAGUUUCAAGCUGGGUUGAGAAGAAAGAAGCUCAGAUCGACAAGAUUGCUUGGGUCAAAAAACCACCGCCACAGAUUAAAUGCUUUGUCGACUGGAGUCAUCCCUCAUGGGAGCCGUGGGACCAAGGUUUAGAGCACUCUGAACCGUCAGAUAUGGGAGGUGAUCUGGUAGAUUCUGUCUGA